UCUCUCUCUCUUUCUCUUCUGUCUGAAAAUCGUGUUUGGUCUGCUUUCCUUGGACCCCCUCCGCCCACCCCACCCCCCUGGGGUCCUUCCUCACCUCCCUCUUCCCCUUUUCUUCAACCCUUCCUCUUCCUUUUUCUCGUUCUUCAAAGCGUCACUCCCCCUUGUCAUCACUCACACACUGAGGAAUACGGAGAGAGCGAGAAUACAGAAAUGGGUUGGUUCCUUUGUUCUGGAAAAUCAAAGAAGAAAGCAAAGAAAGAUCAGGACAAGAAGUCUGAUGAUCAGAUCCCAUCAAAUACAGAAAAGCUAAAGACAAAUUCUUCAUUUGAUGUAAAGAAGGAAGGUCCCAAAGAUGGAGGAUCAGGUCACAUUGCUGCACAUACAUUUACGUUUCGUGAAUUGGCUACGGCUACCAAGAACUUUAGGGCAGAUUGUCUUUUGGGUGAAGGUGGAUUUGGAAGAGUGUAUAAAGGACGACUAGAGAGCACUAAUCAGAUUGUAGCUAUAAAGCAACUUGAUCGCAAUGGUUUGCAAGGGAACCGGGAAUUUCUUGUUGAAGUUUUGAUGUUAAGUUUACUUCACCACCCAAACUUGGUAAAUUUGAUUGGCUAUUGUGCUGAUGGAGAUCAGAGACUUUUGGUGUAUGAAUACAUGCCAUUAGGAUCAUUGGAGGACCAUCUGCACGACCUUCCACCCGACAAAAGGCGACUUGACUGGAACACAAGAAUGAAAAUAGCUGCUGGAGCGGCAAAGGGUUUGGAGUAUUUGCAUGAUAAAGCGAAUCCACCAGUUAUAUAUCGAGAUUUAAAGUGCUCAAACAUUUUAUUAGAUGAAGGCUAUCAUCCUAAGCUUUCUGAUUUUGGAUUGGCCAAAUUGGGACCUGUCGGUGAUAAGACUCACGUAUCAACCAGAGUUAUGGGAACCUAUGGAUAUUGUGCGCCUGAAUAUGCAAUGACGGGACAACUCACUCUAAAAUCAGACGUUUAUAGCUUUGGAGUUGUGCUUCUCGAGAUUAUCACUGGCAGAAAGGCUAUCGACAACUCAAGAGCUGCUGGGGAGCACAAUCUAGUUGCAUGGGCUCGGCCUUUGUUUAAAGACCGUCGGAAGUUCUCGCAGAUGGCCGACCCCAUGCUUCAAGGUCAGUACCCAGCUAGGGGCUUGUAUCAGGCUCUUGCUGUUGCCGCAAUGUGUGUUCAAGAGCAACCCAACAUGCGGCCGCUCAUUGCCGACGUUGUAACAGCCCUAACUUAUCUUGCGUCCCAGAAAUACGACCCGGAGACUCAGCCUGUCCAGAGGCCUAGCUCAGCCUCAUCCACUCCAAGAAUGCGAAGGGAACAGCGAUAGUACCGGCCAAUUUCAAUGUUCUGCACGGAGCAUGAGGAUUUCUACAACAGAAUCAGAUGGGCGAAGUGAUUUCGCUGAUCAUGACUAUCUCGUGUUAUCCCGAGUCCAGGCAAGAGUUUCAAUACCCCCGUGUACUUAAAUUAUUAAAAAUAGAAAAAUGAAAUGAAAGCAGGUUGAUCAUCCUUGAACCACACCAUGUUAAUUUUGUGAAGCUUUUAUUUUCCUUUCUCUAUUUUAGAGUUUGUGUAGGGUUCUCUUAUUCUUUGCUUUGGUUCUUUGCUCUCCUUUUUCCUGCUCGUUUGUUCCAUUUGGAUUGUCCCGAGUAUUUUAUCACAUUUUCCAGAUGUGUAGAACUAUGCCUUCGACGUUUGAGGAUCGGACCAUUGAGGGGCUCUUGUAUCUAAAUGUUAAUAUAAAUGGGCUAUAAACACCAUGUUGCUGUCAAAUACGUAAAUUCUUGGUUGCUGCUUCCAUUGUAAUGAUGGUGCUAGUGAUGUCCAUGGUUUUGUACAUUUGCUUUAUGUUCAAAUGCUCAGGCCUUGAUGUUUUUGCUUAGGUAUAAAAGUUUUCAGUUUUGUUACGGGAACAGAGAUGUAAAGAUCAUACUCAGUACUUAUCUGUGUGCUUGAGAAUUCUUGUAUCCUAUACACUGUCUGCUUGCUGAUACAUCAUUAUACAUU